GACCUGUCCAAUCAAAGGAGCUGAAUUUCUCCUCCGAUAUCUCCCUUCAUGACCUGGACACUAAACUGCGGCAAGUUGUCAUCUGGCUGGAAAAAAACAACCACGUCAGACUUACUAUCAGAGCACGAACUCACGGUGGCACAUCACUGGAUAAAGUCGUAAUGCAAAUGGUGGAGAGGAUAUCAGUGGCUGUUGGCUUUGUAUCGAAACCGUCUGUGGUUCGUGGGGGCCGUGCUGCCAUGUGUGUCCUUCGGCUUGCUUCUGCUAAAGAACUGCAGAGAAAGGGAGCAGAGACUUCGAACGAGAAUUUAAAACCUGACUCGGAGACACCAGCAUAAAUGGCGUAAGUCUCCAAAAAUGUUGCUUUAGGGUUCACUGGAAUAUGACUCAUGCACUCUACACUAAGAGGGGCUCUAAAAGGUGAACCACUGGAUUUGCAGUGUCGUUGAGCUCAGAAUAAAUGGAUUUUGUUUAGCUGACAACACUUUCUGAUUUAACUGGGCUCUAAAUCAGAGCUUAUUAAACUCUGGGAGGUUUCUGGGAAGUCUGGUUUUGGAAAUGUAUAGCUUUCAGAGCUGGAAGAAUGCAACGCACCAUUUAAUUGCGG